AUGCCUCCUCAAUCUGCGCAUCUCAAAGGCAUCAAAAUCGUCAUCGUUGGUGCCGGCUCUGUCGGCGUGACGACGGCGUACGCGCUUCUUCUCGAGGGACUGGCAUCUGAUAUCGUUCUGAUCGAUAUCGACCAGAAUCGGGCCAUGGGCGAGGUUAUGGACCUCAGCCAUGCCGCUCACUUUGCCCAGGCCCGCGUCCGUGUGGGCGACUACGAAGACUGCGCGGGAGCUGCUGCCGUCGUCAUCACCGCUGGUGUGAACCAGAAGCCAGGCCAGACCCGGAUGGACCUUGUCAAGACCAACUAUGCGCUAUUCCAGGAUAUUGUUCCCCGGAUCGCGAAGAAUGCCCCCGAUACCAUCCUCGUCGUGGCCACCAACCCGGUCGACGUGCUGACCCACGCGGCCCACAAGCUCUCCGGCUUCCCUGUCGAGCGUGUCAUCGGCUCCGGCACGGCCAUGGACACGACCCGCUUCCGGCACGAGCUGGGCCGGUACUUCGGCGUACACCCACGCAAUGUCCAUGCUAUCAUCAUUGGCGAGCAUGGCGACACCCAGCUUCCCGUCUGGUCCCUCGCCACGAUCUCUGGCAUGCGCUUGAAAGACUACUGUGCACAAGCCGGUCACCCCUACAACGAGGAGGAGCUUGAGGCCUGUGCCCGCCGCACGAAGGAAGCCGCGUACGAGAUCAUUCAACGGAAGGGCAAGACCAACUACGGUGUUGCCUCUGUUCUUGUCCACGUGCUGGAGCCCAUCAUUACCGAUAGCGACGCCAUUAUGACGGUCUCGCGUGUUGGUACCUAUGCUGGAGUCCAGGAUGUUGCGGUUAGCAUGCCCUGCAAGCUGAAUCGUCGGGGCGCAUACCAAGAUGUGCCGCUGUUGCUGAAUGAGAAGGAGCAAGACCUGCUGAAGAAGUCGGCGUUGAGCAUCAAGAAAGUUAUUGAUUCUGUGUAA